GCAGCAGGUUCGGUGGCAUCGUAAACACGUCGCCGGCGGGCGCGUGCGCUAUGGCGGCCUGCGCGUGCGCAGACGCGCCGCAGACGUCGCGAAGCGCGCGCACCCCAUGCCCGUGCGCACUGUUCCCACCGUAGUGAAGUGAUAAAUGAAUCAUGACGUGUUCGAACCACGUCCGUACGAUAGUGCUGCUCGGGCUGCUGGCGGCGGUGGCGGCAGAGUUCAGCGCGGCUGACAGCUCCUCGCUCAAGCAUAUAGCUAACGUGUCAUUCGCCGCAGAGGACCCGAUGGCAAGUGGAUCCGCGUCGAUGUUCUCCCCGCGGAUGGACUUCGAGCAAUGGCGGCCGCUGACGGGGCGCGGCGACCCGCUGCGGAACGACCCCACCUACGACUACGAGCCGCCCGUGCUCGAGCGAGUGCACUACUGGGCCGACGACACCCGCCUCGAGAGAGAACACUACCCCGAAAGGAAAUCAGAAGUACUCAUGCUCGGAGUCUCCUCCCGCAAACCCAGCUUGGGGACCCGACAACCCCUUCCUUCCCGACGGCCCCACCGACCCCCGCCCCCCAAAUACGAAGACUUCCAAUACAAACUCAACGACCACUACCCUAUGACUAUCCUAGUUCCACCGCCACCUCCGCCUCCGGGCCACAAGACUCCACUCUUCGUCCUCGAUGAUAAACUACCUCACCAAACCCCACACCCCAAACCAGAGCCACAAACAAAAGAACCCACAACUAACGCUCCGGAGCACCUCACGUCACUGUACGCCCUACAGGAAUCGAAUUUGAUCUACCAGUCGUCGUCAACGAAUCAAAAUUGGAUAUUUAACACUAAUCAAACAAAAUCUAACUACAGUUCGGUGAGUAGCGACUACGCCGGCUGGGGACCGACGACGCCGCUCGACGAGAGCGACGUCAACGACACACUCAACUUCAUCCUCAACGACCACUUCGACUUGUCCAAACAACCGUACGCGUUCUACAAACCAGUGUUGUCGGAAGCGCCCCCUCCGCCUCAGAAGAAUCUUAAUCCGAUAUUGCUGCCAAUGUUCGUUCCUACCGCUCUUCCGCCCACCGAGACACCCGCACCUGCUGCACCAAUCACAAGUUUUACUGAUGCUUCAAGCGCUUGGACAGUGUAUGAAUCAACGACGGAAACUUCAGAAUACUAUGAAGAUACGACAACCGAUAAGCAAAGUUCAUACUUCCAGCCCACACCUGUCCCCACGCCGGCGCCUGCUCCUAGACCGACCCCUGAGAAGACCUCUUUAUUCGAUAUGUUAGGCUCCAUGAUGAGCAUGCCGCUGGUAAAUGGUCCGGAGAGACCCGAGGACAACCUAUACGCGCACGCGUCCAACAACAUCCACGUGUUCAAGGAGACGGAAGACCCGGCCAAACUAGAAACCAUGCAAACUAUGCAGCCGCCGCCAGUUACAAAUACAAAAACAGCAGAAGGCUCGUCAACACCCGUCAAACAAGCUCAGAAUCUGAAUCCCUUCAUUCCAAGUGGCUUCACUCCGAGACCCCCGCCGACUAACGUUCCAUAUUUGCACUUGCGACAGACCACACCGGUGACUUUAACUGCCGAUGUUUCAGAACGAAAGCCGACAACGGAGGUACCUUCAGUACCGUACUUGAUCAUACAAGGACAUUCAAAAGUCAAAACAUACGGAUCGAAACCUAAACCAAUUCACAAUGAUGCAAUUAGUAAUGAAAUUAUAAAACAGAAUGAAACUAACGAAGUGAAACAUUUACACACCAAAGAAAAGGUUAGACAUGACAAACCUUCAGCGUAUAGAACAAGCCGGACACAGAAUUUGCAAGCGUUAGUAGAGAACGGGUUAGGUUCAAUAGAAAUUCAGGAAGCUAACGUAGGGAUCAAGUAUGACGUCAGUGACGGAAGCAAUGUUCCUGUGGAAAUAUACAGGAAAGGAAUUGUCGACAGCGACGUCGACAUAGAUAAUUACAAGAAGAAAGGAAAGAAAGAGCCGCGAAAGAAGAGACAGGUAGAUUUAGAGGAUUUGAUACCUUUUGACGAAGAUACUAUAGAAGAAUUCGUGUUUGACUUUCUGAAGAGCCGUAAGAACGACACGGGCGUGACGGGGCUGAUCGCGCAGGCGGUGACGAGCAACGCGGCCAGCGAGAUCGUCGACGACCUCGACGACGACGACGAUGAAAACGAUGACGAUGAUGAUGAUGACGACGACGACGAUAGAUGAGCUUCGUGAAAGAAUGUUUAGGUAAAUUAUUAAAAUGUAGUUAUUGUUAUUAUCGACUGACCAUAUUAAGUUAUUUCCGUUAUUAAUAAAGUUAGAUAAAUAAUGCAAACCA